AUGAGGCCGCUGCCGAGGGGUAUCUACACUCCACUCCCUUGCUUCUUCAAGCAGAACGAGGAUCUAGAUCUUGAAAGCUUUGUGAACCACCUCAAAUUCAUAGCACAGGCGGGCACAAUACCAGUCAUCUCGGGCAGUGCAGGCGAGGCGGUGCAUUUGGAUCGUGAAGAGAGAAUCGAAUUGAUCAGGACUGCAAGAGAAACCCUUGAUCGCAUCGGGUGUUCAGAUGUUCCCAUCGUUGCCGGCGUUGGGGGCGCUAGUACCCGCGAAUCGAUUUCGCUCGCUCGCGAUGCCGCUGAAGCGGGCGCUGACUACGGUAUGGUGAUCCCGCCAGGAUACUAUGCAGGAGCUUUAAUCGCCAAUCGGGACUCGAUCAAAAGUUUCUUUGUUGAUAUUGCAGAGGCAUCGGAAUUACCAAUCAUCAUCUACAACUUUCCUGCUGUUUCAGGCGGGGUCGACAUGGAUAGCGACCUCGUUGUAGACAUCAUCAAAGGAUCACCAAACAUAUGCGGCAUCAAGCUUACCUGCGCAAACGUGGGGAAACUUACGCGCAUCUUGGCAGAGGCGAAUAGCCCGGACUUCAAAGCAAAGUAUCCCAGGCGAACGAAGGACCUUGAAUUCACUGCCAUAGACGGCUUCAUCGACUUCCUUCUGCCGUCAGUGGCGGUCGGCGCUGGGGGCGCCAUCAGCGGGUUGCCCAAUUUUGCUCCCAAAGCUUGCGUGAAGCUCUGGGACCUUUGCCAAUCUCACGACACAGCCAAAGAAGCGCUGGAGCUACAACAGCUGAUCUCGUUGGCCGACCGCGUGCAGCUCAAGAUGGGUAUACACGGAGUGAAGAAACUACUGAGCAGGAAAUUCGGGUACAGCGCUGUGUCCCGCCGUCCACUGCCCUCAAUGUCCGAUGACCUUGCCGACAGGGCUUUCAGCUUCUUCAUAGGCCCCACCGGAGCAGCCGAUAUUCACCUCCUCAACCGCGAGCAAUAUGAUGACCAUGAUGUUGCUCGCCCUAGAUUGAGCGGUCUUCAAUAUAGACGUUUGAAACAGGAUGCUUCGCAAAACCACCCUGUCAUAUUUGGCAUCACAGACCAGAAGCUCUUAGCAAAUGCCGAGCCCAAGGUCGAAAGCUCCGUCAUCGAUGGUGCUUGGGCAGAACUCUGGAGCAUCGUUGAUCCCCAGACAGCAUGGCGCCUUAUACAGCUCUAUGGCCGCUUUGUGGAUCCAUGCUUUCCCAUCGUCGCCAUUCAGCAACUUCCAUCAGGUCCCGGAGAACUCAGCAAUAUAUCUUUGGGACUACUGGCGGCCUUAUGCGCAUCAGCCCUGCCAUUCAUUAUGCACGAUGAAAGCCUGUAUGGCCUACUCCUACAUCCACCUUCAAGCCAGCAGUUAUAUCGUCUAUGUUGGCUGGAUAUCUCCCAGCAGUUCCAUGCUCCUUCUCUGGCAACAUUACAGGCCUGUCUCUUAUUUCAACAGAGACUCCCCACAAACCCUUAUCUCUCAGAUACCGCUUUCUCUUGGUCUCUUGUUUCCAGUGCAGUCGCAGUAGCACAAACCAUUGGACUACAUCAAGACCCUUCUUUUUGGGAGUCUGUGCCACCUUGGGAACGCAGGCUUCGGAAGCGAUUGUGGUGGGCUACGUGGACGAUGGAGAAGUGGUUUUCUCUGACAAGAGGCAUGCCUAGCCACAUCCAUCUAGACGACUUUGACGUCCCAGACCUUAGGCCGGAAGAUGUCGACGACUCCAUUUCUACAUCCACACACAGCAGAACACACCUGUGCGAGCUAGUGCAGAUGACGUGCAUCAUGUCAGAUAUCCAACAGACGUACUACACAACUCGCGGCAUCGGGAGAACAGCGCAUGACUUGCCACUCUCUUUAGACUUGGCUCGUUCUUCUCGUGCAAGGCUGAAGGAAUGGCGUGAUAAUCUGUCCUCGGGAUACCGAACACUCAUAGGAAAACAUCAGGUAUCGGCAGCUCAUGAUGCUGGAACACCAACUCAAAACGGCGAAGACGAGAUGUAUGGUAUCGGUGCAGUUUAUCUGUGCUAUAUCAUUACCCACAUGACACUGUUCCGCGCUUUACUCAGGCCUCUUGAUCGCUGGCCUGCCAUUGCGCUACAAUCUCCUAAUGAGGCCGAAGGACUGUUUACCGCCGCAAAAGCAGUAAUCAAAGGCUCAAUUCUUUGCGUCAAAGAGUUUGUAGAGAUGCUGGAAAACAUACACGGCUCUCAGUGGAAUGGGUUCUGGCACAGCUGGAGUCGACAAAACUUCGCCAUUGGGGGUUCAUUUAUGGUGCACUUGUUGCACAUCACAUCAGCAUAUAAUGCCAUUCGUUUCAGCGUUGGAGAUGAGGGAGACCUUGGGUUUGAUGAUGAGGACAAAGAACUUCGAGGAUGGAUCACGAGGUGGAGAAGCGCGACUCGGGCAUCUGCUACAGGAGCCGCCGGCGCGAAGGGGCUGGCUAAUUUGGGGCUAUUGAGGGUCGAGACAAUGCUUGGAAGAUUGUUGGCUUCCGAGGCGAAUACUUUGUCUUAG